ACUUUUUUUUUCUCUCCCUUCUUUACAGCAGUUCUGUGGUGUUCUUGGUCACACAUUUAUGGAGUUUCUGAAGGGCAGUGGAGACUACUGCCAGGCACAGCACGACCUCUAUGCAGACAAGUGAACUGUAGAAAUUCAUUACUACUCCACCAAGAAGCCCCCCUAAGAGUGAUUAACCAGGAUAAGAAGUGUUGAAUUGAAAUUGGCAGUGCAUUUUACAAAGGAGUUCAGACCUGGAUGGGGUAAACCUCAGUGCACUGCCUUUCUUUUGCCUCAGUAUUACUGGAUUGAAGAAUUGCUGCUUCUUGUUAGGAGGUUCAUUUAAUUUCCCAUUGCUCCCAACUUCAUACUUCCAAGCACUGAGAAUUUCAAGUGGAGUAUAGUGAAGUAGACUUCAGUUUCUCUACAUCAUUUCUGUAUUAGAAUUUUUUAAUCCUUUCAUAAUCUUGUUGCAUGUUUUUUAACUAAAUUAAUAUGGCCCGAAUGAACCGCCCAGCUCCUGUGGAAAUCACCUACAAGAACAUGAGAUUCCUUAUCACACACAAUCCAACCAAUGCAACCUUAAACAAAUUUAUAGAGGAACUUAAGAAGUAUGGAGUUAGCACAGUGGUGAGAGUAUGUGAAGCCACUUAUGACACAGCUCCAGUGGAAAAAGAAGGCAUUCAAGUUUUGGAUUGGCCUUUUGAUGAUGGUGCUCCACCAUCCAACCAGAUUGUUGAUGAUUGGCUAAACCUUCUGAAAGUGAAAUUCCGUGAAGAACCUGGCUGUUGUAUUGCUGUGCACUGUGUGGCUGGUCUUGGGAGAGCUCCAGUGUUAGUUGCUCUUGCAUUGAUUGAGUGUGGAAUGAAAUAUGAAGAUGCAGUGCAGUUUAUAAGACAGAAGAGACGUGGAGCCUUUAACAGCAAGCAACUUUUGUAUUUGGAGAAAUAUCGUCCCAAAAUGCGUCUGCGUUUUAAAGACUCUAACGGUCACCGAAACAACUGUUGUAUUCAGUAAAGCCAGGCUGCCUGUACUGCUACUUUGGAGAUAGAGGAUGGAGACUAGAAUUGGGCAGAUUACAUGCAGAAAGAUGUCUGGUAGCUUAAGGAGGCUUCCUUAGGAGUACUAAUAGACCAAAUGCUUGGCAAAAAUGCAACUUACGUUUAGGUUAAUAUCCAUUUGUUGGAGAACAUUUAAACAUUUUUGUUGUACCCAAAAGGUCUACUUGUUCAUUACUUAUCAGUUGAACUGUCCUUGAAUCAUGCAACUGAGUCUUUCUUGUGUAUUUCCCAAUACUAAAAUCUGUCACUAUGACAUAGAUUAGGUGCCAAAAUGCCCAGAACAACAUACAGAUUUGUUUCUUUAAACUGUAGUGUAGUCCUUGUGAUUCAAGAACUACCACCUGUCCAGAUCUUACUUCAUCCUUUUUCCUGCAAUCAUUUCAAUAUUGAGAAUAGGGCCUCUAUGGUAAUCUGCCUGCUCACUGUAUGUUUGUCUCCCACAAUCGCACUAGACUAUCAGGAUUUGCACAAUCUUUGAUUUUACUACGACUUACAGUGAUUUUCAGUGUCUGUAUAACUUUCUGUUAUCUAAACCUCUGCAUUUUACAAAUAUCAUUAAUCUUCUGGUUUCUCAUGUAGAGAAUAAUCCUUUACAUUGUACAGAAGCACACAAGUCUUUAAUGUCUCCAGACAAAAAGCCUUACAGUUAAAUUAAUGUUGGCACUUGAUGUGCAACUUAGCAGAGGGCCUGAAAAGGUUGGGAGGGGCUAUUUAAUAUUUCUAGUAAAAUGUUGCCUUUGUCUUGUGCAGGAAGUAUAGAAUAUGCCCUUUACUUUAGUAAAUAUUUUUUUAAAAUGUAGAAAUGCUUUGUUAUUGUUGCUAAAACAAUUCUUAAUCAUAAAAUUUCUGAAGAUCUUGUAAUUUCUUUGACUGUACCUAUUGAAAGUUGUUUACCAACUAUUGCUUUGUUGAAAGUGUGAUUUAUUUUUGGUUUUUCCUUGAGUUUCUGCAAUGAACUGGGCAGAUCUCUGUAAUAUUUUGUAUGCCUUUUGAGCUGCGUAACUUAAUAUUUGGAUACUUGAUAAUUUUGUUUUAUUAUGUAAUUGAUAAAAUGGUGAUGUGUAUUAAUGUUAGUUCAACCAUAUAUUUAUACUGUCUUGGGAAUGUGUGGUUAUAGUUCUGUGGGAGAAAUAAUUUUGCCAGUGUUCACCAGCUUGUAAAAUCUAGUGCGAGAGCUUAAACAUCUAAAUAAAGACUGAAAUGCACUUA